CAACAAGUAAAAGAAGAAGGAAAACAUGGCAAGAGAAAAGAUUCAGAUUAGGAAAAUUGAUAACAGCACAGCCCGGCAGGUGACUUUUGCCAAAAGGAGAAGAGGGUUGUUUAAGAAAGCUGAGGAGUUGGCCAUUCUUUGUGAUGCAGAUGUUGCUCUUAUUAUUUUCGCUUCUACUGGGAAGCUCUUUGAGUAUGCCAGCUCAAGCAUGAAGGAGAUACUAGAAAGGCACCAUUUGCGCUCAAAGAACCUGGAGAAGCUGGAACAGCCAUGUCUUGAGUUGCAGCUCGUAGAAGAUAGCAACCAGUCCAUGCUGACAAUGGAAAUAGCAGAGAAAAGUCAUCAACUGAGGCAAAUGAGGGGCGAGGAACUCCAAGGAUUAAGUGUUGAAGAACUACAGCAGCUAGAGAAAUCUCUGGAAGUUGGGUUGAGCCGUGUUAUGGAGAAAAAGGGUCAAAGGAUUAUGAGAGAAAUCAGUGAACUUCAAAGAAAGGGGAUUGAAUUGAUUGAAGAAAAUGAACGAUUGAAGCUUUCAUCACUGCGGGUAUUGCAGAUAUCUGAGGGCCAAAAACAAGUUGCCGGUGACUCGGAGAACAUCUUCGAGGAAGGCCAGUCGUCGGAAUCGGUGACCAACGUUUGUACUUCCAACGGUAAUCUGCACGACUACGAAAGCUCGAAUACAUGUUUGAAACUAGGGUAA